AUGGCCUCCAAAGCUCUCUGUCGCGGCCAAUUGCGCCGGGCAUGGGUUGCAGGCGAGAAUCCAUGUCAGCGUCUAAGCUUAAACAGCUAUCAUCACCAAAGAUACCACCAGCAGCAGCACCAGUAUCAGCACCAGCGGCAGAUCAGGCUGUCAUCCAGCUCGACAUCUGCCCUUGCAUACAAAGCUCUUCACAGGCGCUCGCCUCCUCCGCUCCCGGUCUCUGAUACAUCGCCGCAAUGGUCAGCUCCCGCCGCAGUGUCCUCCAUUCUUUACGAGACCCCUGUUCCGUCGACAAAACCUCCGAAGCGCCAUGUGCUCAACUGCCUUGUUCAGAACGAACCCGGUGUGCUAUCCCGAAUUUCCGGUAUCCUAGCAGCGCGAGGCUUCAACAUUGACAGUCUUGUCGUAUGUAAUACUGAAGUUGAGGACCUGUCAAGAAUGACCAUAGUGUUGCGCGGCUUGGAUGGUGUUGUCGAGCAGGCUCGUCGUCAGCUGGAUGACCUUGUUCCGGUCUGGGCUGUCCUCGAUUAUACAGACUCUGCUCUCGUCCAGCGUGAGCUACUGUUGGCGAAGGUCAGCAUUCUGGGCCCUGAGGUCUUUGAAGAGCUGCUUCAGCAUCACCAGGAAAUGUCUACCCCCGAAAGUGAUACCAAUAACAUAUCCUCAGAAGAAGCUCAACAUCGAGAAAUGCACAAAGUGGACGGAUCUCUUUCAGAAAUUGCAGACUAUCAUCCAAACAAAUUAGCGGCCAGUGAGGCUCUUCGACACAAGCAUGAGCACUUGGAGGCUAUUACUCAUCUGACGCAUCAGUUCGGAGGAAAGGUGCUGGAUAUUAGCACCAAUAACUGCAUCGUUGAACUCUCCGCAAAACCCAGCCGUAUCAACUCGUUCCUUAAGCUUAUCUCGCCUUUUGGCAUCCUCGAGUCUACUCGAACUGGUCUCAUGGCUCUACCCCGUUCUCCCUUGACCUCGCCUGCUGAGGAGGUCGAAAAGGAGGCUGCUGAUAUAGUCGAUACAAGCACCCUACCACCUGGCUAA